AUGGCAAAUGCUCUCACGCGCGGCAGUGCAGAUUUACCUGGAACAGCUUAUAACCUUGGGUUAAAAGCAUCAAAGUUCUUAAUGAGUAAGUUAGUGUUGAUAGUCAAACAAAGGAAGAUUGAUCUGGAACAAAAUAAAGCUCCAAGAACACAAGAUUUAUUAUCUUAUUUGCUAUUAGAAGUUGAUAAUGAUGGGAAUCUCCUGGAUGAAUCAGUUAUUGCUAGUAGGAUUUUAGGGACGUUUAUUGGCGCUCAUGAAGCUUCUGCUACUGUCAUUACUUUCACUAUCAAGUAUCUUGUUGAGCUUCCUGGUGUUUAUAGUGAAGUCCGAAAAGAACUGAUGGAAAUCAAAAGUUCAAAAGCCCCUGGAGAUUUGCUAAAUUGGGAUGAUACACAAAAGAUGAAGUAUUCAUGGAACGUCGUAUGCGAAGUGAUGAGAUUAGUGCCGCCGAUUCAAGGAACUUUCAGGGAAGCGAUUGUUGACUUCGACUAUAAAGGAUGGAAGCACAAGAACUCAGAUUACUUCUCAGAACCAGAAAGAUUUGAUCCAGCAAGAUUUGAAAGUAAAGGACCAGCACCAUACACAUACAUACCAUUUGGUGGAGGACCACAUUUAUGCCCAGGAAAAGAGUUGGCGAAACUCCAGAUAUUGGUGUUCAUGUACCAUGUAGUGACCAAGUACAAAUGGGAGACUGUAUUACCAGUUGAAAGAAAUUAA